GCCUUCUGAGGCGGAGCGGCUUCGGUGACCUUGGGCCUGGAGGAAGUGGUUAUUGGGUCGGAAGUGGAAAGAAAAACACCACCGCAAAACGCGGAGGACGCAGUGGGGAAGGCAGCGAGGAGGCGAGCGUCGAUCAGGAGGAGAAACCGCUUGAGCGAAAGGCAGGUUGAACUCAUCCUUGAUCAUCAUGCCGAGGGGGAGCCGAAGCCGAACGUCUCGGAUGGCGCCGCCCGCCAGCCGUGCUCCACCAAUGCGAUCAGCUCCAACCACAGCUGCACGUGCUCCUGUCCCAGCUCCAGCCCCUGCUUCAGCAGUAGCUUCUCCUGCCCCAAGGCAGCCUGGCCUGAUGGCCCAGAUGGCCACCACAGCUGCAGGCGUCGCUGUAGGUUCUGCUGUGGGGCAUACUCUAGGACAUGCCAUGACUGGGGGGUUUGGAGGUGGAAACUCCGAAGCUGCAAGACCUGACAUCACUUACCAGGAGCCUCAGGCAGCCCAGCCAGCUAUGCAGCAGUCCCAGUACACGCCUUGCCAGUAUGAGAUGAAGCAGUUCCUGGAGUGUGCUCAGAACCAGACUGAUUUGAAGCUGUGUGAAGGGUUCAGCGAGGUGCUGAAGCAAUGCCGAUUUGCAAACGGCUUAUCUUAAUUAAACUUGAUUAAACUCUGAAGGAUCAAAUCUGGCUCCAUCACCAAGAGAUGCAUCGCUAGUGAACUUUUCUUUAAUGUGUAAAUGCUAUCUGGCUUGUCUUUGUGAUCAGUUGUCCAUCCAUGAAGUUUCCAGCAAGAAGAAUUGUGGCAAUGAAAACUAUUGCUUGUGGUUGGGAAAGUAGAAUGAUCAUCCAAUUUUAGGAUUAUAUCACCUGCGUUAUUCCUAAUUGUGAUUGUGUAUGAUCCUCAAUAAAAAAUGAGGUUUUGGAUUGCC